AUGCUGCGCGUCAGCUUGCUCCAGGUGUUCAUCCUCUCGCUGAUGAUCCUGGCUACUGUUUUUGCAGCCGAUCAGCCUCCUAUUCCUCAGGACAAAGUCGUCCAUCGUGAGUCUCUCCAGGAUGCGCUCGCUGGUAUCAACGUGGCCUCGAUUCACGAUGCCUUGCACGCCUUCUCCACCAGGUUCCGUGACGGCAUUUUCCCGACUGACAUCAGUGCCGCCGAGGCCCUGCAAGAUGAAGAUGAGAAGAUUGCCAGUCUGCUGCGCGUUGUGAAGCGUCAGGACAACACCACCACUUCUGAACCUGCUUCCACCUCGUCGACUGCCUCGACCACCUCCAGCAGCGACCAUACUACCUCGGCCGAUACUACCAAGACCACCUCGUCUACGGUGCCCUCUACUACGAGCUCUAGCUCCAGUUCAAGCUCCAGCUCCAGCUCCAGCUCCAGCCCUACCCCGACAUCCACUGACGCGACUACCACUUCGAGCACCGACAGCUCGACGUCGACUGUUCCUAGCACGACGUCGACUACCGUUCCCUCGACGCUCUCGACUACUACCAGCACUUCGUCGACCCAGUCGUCUGCACAGAGCACGACUUCCUCCACCAGUUCUGAGAGCUCUUUCACCUCAAUCUACAAGAGCACCACCACCUUGCCCAAUGGCAGUCUGAGCACCAUCACCUCUACCACGAUCGUGCACGUCAAGCCCACUGGCAACUCCGGCACCACCACCGCCGGUAGCUCUCCUGGUCUGCAGACCGGUGCUGCCGCAUUGACCACCGCCGGUCGCGCUCGGGAGAUUAUCGCCAUGGUCGGUGGAGCCGUCGUGGUUGCAAUGGCUCUGUGA